AUGGCUGGAAAGAAAACAGCGUCUACCUACAAGGUGAUGAGUCCUGCGAAACGAAAGAAAGCUGUGGAAGAGUCAUUGCAGCGCAAAAUGAAGAACGAACACAACUUUAAAAGUUUGCAAGAAGAAAUAAAAAAUGUCGAAAAGGAAAAGAAAAUUCUCGACGCGGAAGAGAAAGAGUUAGAUGAACGAAAAGAAGAGCAAACGCAGAUGAAAGAAACGAUGGAGAAAUAUCGAAAAAAAAUCAACACUCUAACGUACGUGGGUAAAUUCAGCAUUCAUCGAAAUCGAGAAAAAAUCACGGCAACGAUGAAGGAUCUAAGAAAUAGCAGCGCCAUUUUACAUAAUCUAAACCAGCGUAUUUCCAAACGCGAGGCUGCUUCGGGCAAACAUUUGACCAAUCUGAAAGCAGGUUUCAACACGUUGUUGAGAGAAAAUGAAAAAACGAAAGAUAUUUUAUUUCUGCUCCAACCGGUCGUGCAACCACGUGAUAGAGAGAGGUAUGAAGAAAGAAAAGAGAAAUUAAUAAAACAAAUAAGCAAUCUACAGCAAGCAUUCGAUACCAUAGUAAAAUUGGAGAUGGAAAAACAACAGUCUCCUAAUUCACAUGCUAGUAACAUAGAACAUUUUAUAACGUCAAAACAUGAAGCUCUGAAAGCAGAAAUAAAUCGUCUUCAUCACCAAAUCAAAGUAGUCAAUGAAGAAUUGUCGCAAAUGACGGCACUCGUCGAGCAACGUCGAAUAGAAGUGGCUAGUAUGAAGACGGUCAUAAAGAAUCAAUCAAAAAACAGCUUUGAGGACAGCAAGUCAUAUAAGGAAGUUCUGGAACAUAAUAAGAAACUUCAAGCAAAACUGGACGAGUUUUUAACUCGAAAAGACGAGAUCACGGCUGAAACACGGCGGGUGAUGGACCAAAUGGAAGAAGAAAAACGAUGCCGGUAUGAAAAGUCAGAGAAAGAGAUCGAAGUAGAGACGUUGAUUGCUCGAUUUCACGACGAACAACAACGAGAAAAGGCAAGAGAAGUCGAAGACAAUAAAAUUAUCGACGAAUUAAAACGACAGAUUGAAGUACAAGAGGAACAUCUUGAGAAUAUGUGUGCAGUAUCAGCGAAAUUAAAAGAACAAUGUCGAAAUGAAUACAAUGAAUUAAAAGAUCUCAAACAUCAAGCCUUUGUUGUUGGUAGCGAAAAUCAAGCCAUGCUGAAAGUGAUUUCAAGACAUGUGCAAGAGAAUUUACACAAAUUACCACAAGAAUAUUUUAACUUGUGAAAAAUUCAUUGCGUAAACUAUUGUAAUUUUAUAACGAGUCAUGUGACCAAGAUGUUGAUACUAUACAUCAUAUAUAUUGACGUUUGUUGAAUCUCACCAUACAUAACGCACUGCUUAUUAUUGGAAGCAAGCACAUAAACAUAUGAUCGACUUUUCUGUGGAUUACCUUAAGGGAAAGGAGUUUUCGCGGCGAUUUUGUCGCUUAUUCACAAAAUUACACUUUUUAGAGCAAAUCACAAAAUAGUUCGGCAAAUGUUGAUUAAUAGAAAAAAUAAAUUAAAAAAAAAACCCUUGUAUUGUGCAGAACAUUUUCGUGUUACCAAUUGUUUAAGGAAAUAUUUAACAUGCAAAAAUAAAAGUACUUAUUAUGCAAAAAACAUUCCGUAAGUAUUUUCAUUUCAGGUCUUUCAGAGACAGCCAGUUUGAAUCUGAUUUCAUC